GUUCCAGACCCACUCCUGUUGUCGUGCCGGCGUCGCGCCCGCGGCGCCCGCGCAGCCUCGUCGGAUGCCGGGGUCGUCGGACCUGCCCCCCUCCCCAGCAGGAGGAGAGGUUCUAGCCCCACUGGGGACGCGCAGGUCGGACCCCCGGGCCGACGCGCUCCCAGUGGGGACGAGGAUAGGUCUGCCGCAGGUUCGCCCCUGUCUUUUCACGCCGACGCGGCGGCAACCCCAGCGCGGGCGGUGUCGUGUGGCGCCGACGCCGCAGGUGGUCCAGAAGCGGCCGCCGUGCCGAGCGGUCUGCGCGAUCAGACAGCCGCGAGCGCGUGGUGGAGCUGUCCACGCGGGUGUCGGAGACCCCCGCCGGCGUCGUCGCAACACAAUCCCGCCGUGACGAUGCCAAGGAGCUGCUGUCGGACGCGGACGCGGCAGGCUUCCAGCGCAUGCUGGGCGCCCUCGAGGAGGUCCACUUUCGCGCGCGGCUGCGCGCCUUCGUGGGUGAGCACUGCGUCGGCUUCGCGCACGAUCGCUGGAAGCCGACGGGCUUGGCCACCCUCUGGAGUGGACGGCCCUGCACCGCCAGUACCAGGAGAGCUGUUCGACGCGCAGCUGGAGGGCUUCCUGGCCGCAGAGGGCGUGCCGCGCGAGGCCUUCGUGGCACUGGCGAGGUCGCUCUCGCGCGCGCGGGCCGACUACCGGACCGGCUGGGACGCCUUCCUCGCCGAGAUCACCGCCUCCUCCGACUACGGCGGCUUCGUCGCGCUGAUGCGCGCGGCGGCCGAAGCGCGGCGCGCGGAGGAGUUCGAGGCCUCCAUGUCGGUGGAGAUGGCCGAGGUGGCCAGGGACCCCGCGCCCGACCCGAGGGGUUGAGCUCUGGCCAGGCGUGGCCGCGCCGUGGGAGUAGCCAGCCUCCCGCCGGCGGAGACGACCAGAGGAGGGACAUGCCCGACCUAACCCAAGACGACGACUGGACCAUGGCCGAGGCGCCACUCUGCGAGGAGACCGGCCCGUCUCGCCCGCACGCCGGGGGAGAUCCUGCCGCGCGGCCCCGCGGAGCAGAGGAUUUGCAGCGCGGCGGCGCAGCGCUGCGCGCAUGGCCGGUGUCGCCGGGCCCGCGGCAGUGCAGCGCGUUUCCCCUUCGUCCUACCUCGCCCUGCCGUAGACAGCCUGCCCGCGCUGGCACCUUCAAAAGUGCAGAUCCGCAUGAAUGUGGCGCGUGCAUUACUGCAUUGUUCCAGCGAAGCGCCUUACCGGACGUACUUCACUCUGCCAUACAUCGGGGGGUCAUCCCGCAUCGCGCACCGCACACCUGCCAACAAUUUCGGGUAUGCGCAUGGGCGCUUUGACCGCCGCCUGCAAGAAUGAUUUCGUUCAUGACGAUGCCUCCGCUAUCGUGCAUGACAAUGUGAAUUGCUGUACUGCUCAAGUCCUUGGCCGCACUUUGGCAAACAAGAAUCAUCAAUGAGGUCGUCAUGCUCGUCGUCUUCUUCAUCCUCCUCUCGCGGCGACCAUGGGGUGUUAUCUAGCGGCGAAGGUGUGCAGUCUAGAUGCC